UGAGCGAUCGUGACGCGCGGGAGCAUCACUUCCCUCCGACCAGGCAGCCCGCAUCCCGGCACCGCCAUCCGCACCCGACAACUGCCCUCCAUUCGCAACCUCGGUCGGUUCCUCGACUCUGCCUCUCAACACCACAUUCCAUCCGCAUCCUGCGUCGACGCUCCAUCCGCUUCCGCAUAUCAUUUGCACCCGCAUCAGCAUUGACUCUCCCGUAUAUACAUAACCAUAAUCAAUAUCAUCAUCAUCUACCGCUCUCCUGUGAUCGACACACGCCUCUUUAUCAACUCACGUCAUGUCGGAGCCCUGGGUAGCUGGAAAGAUCUACACUCCGGGACAGAUCGUCACGUAUCAGGGCACGCAGUUCACUGCAACUGUGCUGCAUCACUCCAAACUUGGCGAAGAACCUGUUCGCAAUACCAAGUCGUGGGAGCCGUCUGGCUUCGAUAACAGCAGCCUGCAGGCCACGAGCAUAGCGAUCCAUUCCACAUCGCCCGUGGCCGAGUCCCUCCUGGUCCUCAAGAAUCUGGGCAGAAGUGCCAGCGGCGGCAGUCCCACGACUAGCAGGAUCGAAUGGGUUGCCUGCACAUUCGACUCUGUACCCCAGAAUGCCAUCAAUGGCGGCCAUGACCGAUACGGCAAGGUGUAUUACAUCGGCCGGGCUAUCCUGCCUUCGUCGAUCCAUGUUGGCAAAGUUCUUGAGGGCACCUUUGGAGGCGUCGAAGUGCCCUGGAGCAACCGCGAGAACGACCCCAACGGCGUCUCGAUCUUUGAUCAGUUCGAGAUUCUCACCGGGUCGGCUCGUGGCUUGCACUGGGCCGACAGCAAAGGCAAAUUGGUUGGUGUCGAGCUUGGUCUCUACGUCCGCGGAGGCACCAGCCCCGAAGGAAAGCCCACCUUUGUUGGCCGCGCCAGUGUCGACGGCGAGCUCAUCGUGGGCGAGUGCGGCGAGCACAUUCUCGAAGGCUUGCGGGUCGUUCACCAGGGCCGAGUUGUGCACGUCUACAACUACCAAGUGCUGGAAUACAAGACGGUUGUAUAGAGAACUGCAAGCGUGCCGUCGCACUGUCGAAACAGCGGUUCAUCUCUCGAUAUCAAAUGGCC